CCGGGUAAUCCGGUCACUCCCCCCCGCGCUCGUCUUUAUUGUUUAUCGCUUAUGACUUUCCUAUUCAUUUCCCACUUUCAAUAAAACUCCCCCAAAAAAAAAAAAAAACUCAGUCUCUGCAAAGCUUCCAGACAGACAUGGCCUCACCCCCAUAAUCGGAACUUUCGCCUCCAAAAUAUAAACCAUGCAUUCCCGUUUUACCCUUCGUUUUCCUCUCUAUUUCCCAAUCUGCACUCUCCUAUCUUCUCGCACAACAUCCUUAAUCGGAGCUAACCACACUUCCGCUCGUUUCUGCUCUCGCUAGCAACAACAAUAACAACCCCUUUUUUUUCUCUCUCUAACAAUCUAAUUUUUCAUUCACAAAAAAAGUGUGCAUAUUUCUAACCAUGGACUCGACCUCAUCCAAGCCGAGCUUCCUGAGAAACAUUCUUGUACGCUUACUCUUAUUCGGACUUUUCAUCAUAGCCGUCCGAUUCACCUACGUCGUAACCGUCACAGGCGAAUCAUGCACUGUUGGUGACUUCUGUUUCUUCUCGUUACCUGAAUCUUUCAAUUUCGUCAUCACAACGAGUACGAGUCCAGAAGCUUCCUCGGCUAUUUCAGUCAAACCAUCCAACGGUGGUGUUCACGACCUCUACACCAGCAAAGAUUGGAUCAAGGCCGUCCAUUUCUACUCCUCGAUUUUCCAAGAUCUUAUCGCCCACGGUUACCUCUCACCGGACUCGAAGUCGUUAACCGUAGAGACCCGAACCGGACAGGAAGUCUACGCUUUGAGACAAAUCGGAGUCGAGGACUCGAUCGGUAUUUUUAAAAAAGCCUCGGGUCCUUUGGUAAUUAAAGCGCCACAGAACCGAAUCCCGUUCGACAACAACACGUUUGACUUCGUUUUCAUCGGCGAGGGAAAACUCGACAACGCGUCUCGGCCGUUGGAUCUGUCUUCCGAGAUCGUACGGACAGUGAAGCCCGGAGGCUACGUGGUGGCCCACAUAGUCCCCACAAAAGAUACGUAUAGUUUCAAUUCUUUCCUUGAGCUUUUCAAUUCUUGCAAAUUGAUCAAAUCUCAUCAAAUCGAAGGUUUGGAUUCAAAGUCUUCGAUGCCUUUUAUACACGAAGUCGUUUUGAGAAAAGAGGUUGAGAAUGUUGUUAAAUUUAAGAAAACUAGGGGCAAUUCGGUAAAUAAGUGUUUUGUUCCUGGGCAUAAACUGGAAUUGGUUAAGAAAGCAGAGCCGUUGAUUUCGACGGAGCCGAUGAAACCAUGGAUUACGUUGAAGAGGAACAUACAGAACAUAAAGUAUUUAACAUCAAUGGCUGAUAUUAGGUUUAAGAAUAGGUAUGUGUAUGUUGAUGUUGGGGCUAGGAGUUAUGGUUCUAGUAUAGGAAGUUGGUUUAAGAAGCAAUACCCUAAACAAAACAAGACAUUUGAUGUGUAUGCAAUUGAAGCCGAUAAGGCGUUUCACGAAGAGUAUAGGUUGAAGAAGAAAAAGGUUACAUUGUUGCCAUAUGCGGCGUGGGUGAGGAAUGAGAGUUUGAUGUUUGAAAUUAAUCGAGACCCGGGUAAGGAAGUCGAGGAGGAUGAUAAGGCGAAACGGGGAAUGGGGAGAAUUCAACCCGCGAAGAAUUCAGGUGGUGGUGGUGGUGGUAGUAAGAGGGAGGUGAAUGAGAUUCAGGGGUUUGAUUUUGCAGAGUGGUUGAAGAGCACAGUGACGGAGAGGGAUUUUGUGGUGAUGAAAAUGGAUGUGGAAGGGACGGAAUUCGAUUUGAUUCCAAGGUUGUUUGAGACCGGGGCGAUAUGUUUGAUUGAUGAGAUAUUUCUCGAGUGUCAUUACAAUAGGUGGCAAAGGUGUUGCCCCGGUGAGAGGAGUGCAAAGUAUGAGAAAAGUUAUGGACAAUGCUUGGACUUGUUUAGGUCUCUCAGGGAAAGUGGGGUUCUUGUUCAUCAAUGGUGGUAACAAAUCAGACAGAUGAUAUCUUCUUGAAACUUUUUUUUUCUUUUUUGAAAUUUUUUGUUAUUUUACAGUUACAAAUGUUGUUAGUUCUUGUAAUUUUGUUGGGCAAUUGUAUUCUGAGAUUUUACUUUUGAUGCAAGGGAUUGGAGCUGAAAAUGAAAUUUCAUUUGUUACAAUGUC